AUGACAUUUGUCUACAACAAGACCGGGGCAGUAGCCAGACGCAUGGACUGCACAGCCAAGAGAGUUGAACUGCUUCUCUUCAUGGCGCUGCUGGCGGCGCACCUGGCGCGGGACGCAGAGGGCGUGGCCACCUGCUGCUCGAGCGCGUCAAGUUCCUGCAAAUUAUACGAGUUGCUGUGCCGCGUGGGACGCCGAAACGACACGUCUGUCGCCAGGCAUAUCGGCCGCUUUAAUAACGACGCGGCUGUCGGGAUCCUAACGCUUGGCAAGCGUAAUAAAGUGGGCGAGAGACGCGUCCAGGACCGCCUGCAGCAGCUGCUGCUGCACGGCUCGCGGAAUCAGGCCGCGGGGAUCCUGACGAUGGGAAAGAGACUCGAGGACGGCGCGCACCUGCCGCUGCAGUAUCUGAUGCCCAGGCUACCGGAGGAUCUGGACGCUUAUGAAAGACGAUGACACUUGUCGCUUUUUAAAACCACGGCACAGCUGUUCAUUGGUGACGUUAAUUUGUA